GUAUCCCAACCACAGCCGGGUAGUUUGCAGAUGUCCCUUUGGGAGAGACCUCCACAGAUGGUGACCAUAGGCACUGGGGUAUGCCUGCUGGUGGUGGAAACCAGAGACAACCUGCGGUUUGGCUACACAGAUCCAUCUGCACUGGGAUAGCUUCUGGCCACCAGGGGAGGAACAAUUCUUUUACCAGGAGACCUACAUUGCAAGUGGGACCGGAGUUGACUUUGAACUUCUGGGUCAAUGAAGCUCAGGGCAGGACAGACACUGGGCACUAUCCCCAGGCAAUGUGAAAUUCUCCUUCUGUUGCUGCUGUUGGGCCUGGUGGAUGGUGUCCACCAUAUACUUUCCCCAAGCUCAGCACAAAGGGGCAGAGCUGUGGGCCCUGGAGCCUCAGUGGGAAGCAGCAGGUCUAGCCUGUGGACCCUUCCAGGCAGGUUCCUGUUCCAGAUCAUCCCACGGGGAGCAGGUCCCAGGUGCUGGCCCCAUAGGCUUCCAUCCAAGUCCCAGUUAUGGGCAGCCCAAGUCUGACCCCUUGGUCACUCUGUUCCUGCCUUCCUUAAAGAAUCUCCAGGUUAAGAAGGCGACACUAGUGUGUCUGGUGAGCGAAUUCUACCCAGGUACUUUGGUGGUGGACUGGAAGGUAGAUGGGAUCCCUGUCACUCAGGGUGUGGAGACAACCCAACCCUCCAAACAGACCAACAACAAGUACGUGGCCAGCAGCUACCUGACACUGAUGUCUGACCAAUGGAUGCCUCACAGUAGAUACACCUGCCAGGUCACUCAUGAAGGAAACACUGUGGAGAAGAGUGUGUCACCUGCUGAAUGUUCUUAGACCACGAUCCUUCCUGAAGCAUCAGGGGGCCUGGAUCUAAAGUUCCAGAAAAAAGUUUUUUGUUUUGUUUUUUUGUUUUUGUUUUCUUUUGCCAUUAAUCAUCCCACUGUUUUUCCUGUGUGUAAUACUCAAUAAAUAUCUUAUCAGCAACAA